AUGUCAGCUCCAUGUUGCAGUCUUUAAAAUGUUUUUGGUUUAUUUCUGUUUUCAAACAUAUUUAGAGAACUAAUACCACCCUGAAAAAGAAAAGGGGGAGCAUUUUUUAAAAAAGUGGUGACGUUCAAUAGAACUACCAUUUCUCACUCGUCCACCAGAACAGUGCCCUGCUAUUUUAAAAAAUCUUAUUCCUGCUAUUUAUCUUUAGGAUUCAUAUUACUGUAUAUUCCGGCGUAUAAGACGACUGGGCGUAUAAGACAACCCCCAGCUUUUCUAGUUAAAAUAUAGAGUUUGGGAUAUACUCGCCGUAUAAGAAAUACGACCCGGUGUAUAAGACGACCCCCGACUUUUGAGAAUAUUUUCCUGGGUUAAAAAGUAGUCUUAUACGCAGGAAUAUACAGUAGUAAAACAAGGAAAAUGAUCCCCCUUGCUACUGCAUCUCCCCCAUUUUAAAAGCAUUGUAUAUCUGUUACCCUGCAGGAAAGCAAUCCAUCAUUCAAACAUUAUUCAGGCUAGCCUACUGGUGGAUCUUUGUGAGCACAAGAACUGUAUUUAUGAACAAAGUGAAAGAUUUAAACAUUUCCUGGAAAGGUCCUCCGAAACAAAAUAGAGGGUUGGGGAAAAUGUUAUCUUUGCAACCUCUCGAUCCUCUUUAAUAAAUGGGUAAUUUAAAGAUAUUUGUAAUGCAUCGAAAUAUCUAGAAAAGCCCUUAAGGCUGCAGCAUCCUUAGAAACACUUUGUACUGUAUUUGCAUUCCAAACUGAAUGUUCCUACAGUUACUACAGCGUCCCCUGGUGGCAAGAAGGUGCACCUGUAUAAUGCAGGAUCUGUGUUCAGCAGGUUUGGACUAGAUGAACCCCAAGAUCCUUCCUAGCUCUAUAAUUCUGUUAUCCCUGCAAUGAUUAAUGCUACAUUGGCAUAAGUAUAUUCAUAUAAUCAAACUGCAUUAAAGUCAUUUAUGGCACAAUGAUUGACAACAUAGGCAAAGCUAUUUUUAAUGCUAGCACUACAACUAUUUUAUGUGAAAAUCUAAUUCUGCCCAUGUCUUCAGUAACAAUGAGGGAGAAAUUUGUUUUAUUUUGCAACUCAGUGAAAACCUAUCUAUCUAUUUCACACCUCCCAAAACAAUGCUUAGGCUCAAAUACAGUUAUUCUUUGACAUUCGCAUUUCUUGAAUUUUGUAAGGCAGUUCUCCAAUCAAAAACAUUUCAAAAAUAUACUGAGAGAUGAUGUUUAUAAACACACACACACACACACACACACACACACACAUGAACAUAACACAAAAAAAUGUAUAACAUUACAGAAAAUUGAUUGCAAACAUGUAUUUUAGUCAAGACCACAUACUGAAAUAUUUAUAUGGGUACAAAAAUCAUUAAAAUCCGGAUUAAUUUUUCCAAGAGCUUUUAGAAAACAAAACAAAACACACACCUUCAAACUGAUAUGGAAAUGUGGCAAACUGAAUUAUAGGCAGGAAAAAUGAGAAACAGAGAUCAGCCAAAAUUGACAGAUUUGUCCAACCCUAAUCUGCAGGACUGCUUCAGAAAUCAGUGGUUGCUUUGUGGCCCCCUCUCACCUGGAGAACUCAAGCAACCUCUUUCAGAGGAGGCGCACAAAGAAAAGCUUGUAGAUUGUAAAAAUAUUGUUCAAAUUUAUUUUAAAAAUUAAAUAAGGCUUCUGAUGACAAACCCAGGGUUUAUGUAGAUUAAUGCAAGGAAGCAGCAGUCCUUGAAGUGUUGGCAUUCUUGGUUGCAUAAGGCUUUAUGAAUCAAAACCAGCUCUUCGCAUUGAAUGCAGAAGUCAAUCAAUGGGCAAUGCAGUCAGGCCAAAAUUGGAGUUAUAUGCUCAAACCAUACUAGUCCCAGUCAACAAUCUGGCUGCUGAAUUCUGCAAUAACUGCAGCUUCUGAACACCCUUCAAAGGCUGCUCCACAUAUAAUGCGUUCUAACCUAGAGGAUACCAGAGGAGAGAUAACAGAAGCUAGGCUGUCCCAACUGUGAUAGGGCUGCAGCUGGACCACUAACUGAAGCUGAUAGAAGGCACUCCAUGCCAUGGAGUCUUCUCCUGCCCUCAUCAACAGCAGUGAAUGCAGCAGCACACCCAAAGUGCACGCUUGAUGCUUCAGGGGACUGCAACCCAAUCCAGAACGGGCUGAACCCCAUUCAUUCAUCUAGGGAACCACCAACUAAUAGGGUAACAGUCAUAUGUGUAUGUGACGAAGUGUGCAUGCACACGAAAGCUCAUACCAAAAUAAAAACUUAGUUGGUCUUUAAGGUGCUACUGAAGGAUUUUUUUUAUUUUGCUUCGACUCAGACCAACACGGCUACCUACCUGUAACUAGUCAUAUGUGGAUUAAGCUUACUGGUUCUCAUCUAGUCCAUUACCAAAGCCAGAAAUCAAUUCAGCACACCCACCAUCAUUUAAAGGAGAAAUAGAGCUACGAGUCAUCAGCACAUGUAAUGGCAAUGCUGUCUAAAUCUUUGGAUGACCUCACCCUAAUGCACUUUACUUGUGCAAACCUAAAUUCCUGGUUUGCCAUGGAAUCCCUCUCACAAAAUUCUGACAGCCUUGAAGCAACCUGAUAGUAAGGAAUAUGUAUAUAUUUAUCCCCAUAAUAAACAAUGCCAAUUAAAGUCAGUGAUUCUAUCUGUAGAAACCUAGUCACUUCUGAGAGAGAAGUUAAAGACUCGGGUUUUCAGGGGUCCGCCAAUAAUAACCUCCACACGUAUCAAAUCAUAGCAAAAGAGCACUUUGAAAAUUCCGUCUGGCCCCACAUCAUGCAAGAACCUUGCAGGGUUACAGGCUUGUUUGACGACGACGACAAGAAACCAAGCCUUCAGUGUCAUCAGUCCAGUUCUGUGGAAUACUCUGCUAAUAGAGAUUUGGCAGAUGCCUUCUGGGCCAACUUUUAAACACCUCCUGAAAACUUUUCUAUUCUGCCAGGCCUAUGCAGGCAAUUAAGGGCGCAUCUCCCACAAUGGGUUGCUCUGCUUUUAACUUUUUAUGCUUUUGUUCUGUGGUUUUAUUUUUUUUACUUUUACUGUUGUAAACCGCUUUGAUACAUUUUUGUGAUAUAGCAGUAUAUAAAUAUUUUUUUUAUAAAUAAAUACAGUGAUCCAACUUGGAGGUUGCAAUCCUUUGAACAAUUACUUUUCAACAAGCCCCACAGAAUGCAAUGUGGCUUACUUCUGAUUGGACAGACAUGAAUUCAAGCUGCACAGCUCCAAUCCUGUUUGUUUUUAAUACUUUCACUGUGCUUCUGCUCAGUGCCUGUUUUCCUAGAACUCACCAUGAAGUUGUUACAGUAAGUGCCACACUUUUUAACAACAAAAAAGAGGUGCCAUUACUGUGUAUCCUUGAGUACCCCCUGGGGGAAAAAACACUGCUUCUACUCAUAUACAGUAUUCAAAUCAACAUUUGAUAAUGGCUACAAACCAAUAAAAACAAACUAUGUAAAUACUUUCAACAAAGCCGAAUAAUAAGCAGUCAUAAACCCCCCAAACUAAUCUGAUGCACAAUUACCUGUUAGCACCGUAGAACACAUUGGGCACUACAUUGGAGUAAAGAUGGCUUUAUAUGCGGUGGUGUUCUGCUCAAACUUCACAAGAAACCUCUGAAAGUCAAGGGGUCUUCAAGAGCAGCGUCCCAUACAGUGGUGCAGUUAAGUAAUUUUGGGCUCUGAACUGAAUUGUAUCACAGCUUCCCCCCAACCCCUAAGAUGGGAAUGAACGCACCUUACUUCGAAAUGUAGCAAGCCAGCACUCUCGUACUUGAGAAGUCCUCACACUCAUUCUGCUGAUGAAGCCUGGGAUUUCUGAAGCCUCAAAGUUCCUCCCCCAACACAUAUCUGAAACCCAAUCAAUGUUAUAUGGAUUAGUCAAGAUUUUCUUCAUUCUGGGUCAGAGAAAUCUCUUUGAUGAGAUCCUCCUGGCAUUUAUUUUGGUUUAAACAUGCUUAGUUGAUUUAAAAUAAAAAAAAAGUUGUAGUUUCACUGGCCCAUUAUUACAGGCAGUAUUAAUCCCUAAAUUUUUAAGAAUUAAAAAAACGGGCUACUUUCCUGAUUCCUUUCAUUCCAUUUGUCUGAAAAACAAAAUCAAAUAGUUAAGAGCCUUUGGCCUUCCAAUCUGUCUCACGUUUCAUGAUGUCCUACACAUAUCAUUAUCUUUUCUUGGAAGAUGAUGGGGUAAAAUUCAGAUCAAAGACCAGCAACCAUAUGUGACAGUUUUCUGCACAACUAUACAAUGAAAUGUUGCGACUACAGUACUAAAACUAAGCAUAUUUCAAGAACGAGGUACACUUUAGUUAAUUUGGAGCAAGCAAAACAGUACAAUCUAUGCAAGUCUACUUUGUAGUAAUCUUUAUUUAGUUCAACUGGGGUUACUUCCAGGUGAGUAUAUAUAGGGCUGCAGCCUUACUUCCAGGUAGGAGUGCUUGGGUUUACAGCAUUUGCUAUACUUACCUACUUAGCUUAGUUAAGCCUUGGAGUGGAGAAGACCUGGCUUAGCAAUCAAUUUCACAAGCAGAGGCACAAGGUGGAGUAUUAAGAUGAUCAGUAAACUGGAUUAUCUCGUCAGGUGUAUGUUUUUUCCUUUAAUGCCUUGUUAGAAAGGAAUUACACCUGGAAAUUAUUUAAGAAACCAGAACUGACCAGACCAGGACUGACUGACCAGAACUGCAUGUGGAAAGGGUGGUUUCUUUGCUUCGACAAAUCCCCAUCAUGAAGAUUUGGGGGAAAGUACUUGUUUGUCUGUGGUCUCUAAGGCUACUUUUUUAUGGUGUCUUGUGUUCCCCUAGUCCCAAGGAUGAAGGGGGCUCUCAGACAUCGCUGGUGUCGGAGGCCUCUGAGCUGCCUCCAGUGUUGUUGUUUCGUCCAGAUGUAGAAAAUAGCUAUGGCCAGUUGCCUACUCUUUCCAAGUUAUUGUCUGACCACCAUCAGCGGGAGUUGGGAGAUUGUGUGCCAGGAUCACGACUGGAUUCCAAAGCCCUGAGAUACAUGAAGAGGCUUUAUAAAAUGUCUACUACCAAAGAAGGAUUCCCAAAGAUAAACCAUCUCUAUAACACAGUCCGGCUCUUAACUCCAUGUACUGAAGGCAAGCACCUCGCCAUAGGACAAACAAAAGGAGACCUUCGUUCUCCAGACUUCCUCUUCAGCUUGGACCGUGUUACUGCUUUGGAGCACUUAGUCAAGUCAGUCUUACUCUACUCAUUUGAUAAACCAUUUUCUAAAUCAUGGGCUGUUACAUGUACAGGUAAUCUAGUUGUAAAUAUGGAUGGUGCCUCUGGUCAUUCACACCCCAAUAUUGAACAUGCCAUGACUUUCCAUUUUCAACUUGGACACAAACGGGCAGAGAUUGAUGUGACCUCUUUUAUCUGGCCUCUGAUAGCCUCUAACAAUAGAAGCGUUUCCAUGGCUGUGAAUAUUGUUUGCCCGAAUGACCAGCCCUCCAACUCCAAACAGGAUCCCUUUAAUAUUACACGGGCAUCACUUUCUCUUCUCCUGUACCUCAAUGACACCAGUGAGCAAGCUUACCGUACAUGGGAUUUUCUCAAGCACAGGAGAAGGAACUUCAUGGGAGCCAGGCUGGAGAGGGGUCCUUUCGCAGGUCUUGGAGGAGAGGCAGGAAAAGACCUCAAACAGAGCACGAGAAAGCCUCGUCGCCGAAGAGAUGGAGAUGGGCAAGAGGAAAACAUAUCAGUUUCCAUAGACAACUUACGUAAGUACUACGAACAGUAUCUUUUCCCACAAAAUGAAUGUAAACUUCACGACUUCAGGCUGCAAUUCAGCCAGCUGGGCUGGGACAGUUGGAUAAUUGCCCCACACAGAUACAAUCCUCGCUAUUGCAAAGGUGACUGUCCAAGAGUACUUAGGCAUCGCUACGGCUCCCCUGUACACUCGAUGGUACAGAACCUCAUACAUGAAAAAAUAAACCCCUCUGUCCCCAGGCCCUCCUGCAUUCCUGCUGAAUACAGCCCCCUGAGUGUCUUGAAGGUAGAGCCUGAUGGAUCAAUUGUGUACAAAGAAUAUGCGGAUAUGAUUGCUACCAAGUGCACUUGCCGAUAAAGCCAGUCCUGAUUUAUUAAUAAUUGCAAUAUGGUGUUUUCCCUUAACGGUAGAAUGAAUGUUGGUUAAAAAAGAAGAAGACUUAGAAUGGUGUACUGAGGCAGGUAUUUUCAGGACAGCAUUUAAUUAGCCCCUUCUGAUUUGAAAGAGGCAAAGUAUGGGCAUAAGGAGGUUUCCUUUUUUCUUCAAAAUGGGAAAAAAGACAUGAAUUGUGAAAUGUUUUGGCUAGGGGGAGGGGGGAGCACUGUUUCUCUAGAUAAGCAAAAAAGUAGAAUACCUGUCCUUUCAUGGCACUUUGGUAGUAUUCUUCUUUAAUCCUCA